AUGUUCACCCCCAACAUCCCCCUCGUAAGAGGUAUAGCCGGUCCAUCUAAACUCACACUCACUCGCACAUCUCCGAGAGUGUUUGUAAGAAACGCAUCAAAUGGGAAUGGUCAACCUCAUAUACCGGUGAUCAGGACGCUUGGUCAGCUGAGAAGAUGGAGGAAGGAAGCGAGAGAUAAGGGGUUGGAAGUUGGGGUUGUACCAACCAUGGGAGCUCUACAUGAAGGACAUCUGAACUUAGUCCGAACAUCGCUCUCACGCCAUCCACUUACAGUCAUGACCCUCUUCGUCAACCCAAUGCAGUUCGCCCCACACGAAGACCUAUCGUCCUAUCCACGUACAUUUGACCGUGACCUAGCUCUCCUCCAGUCUAUCCUCCCUACACCUCCCUCGCCGAGACAGAUGCAAAGCCCAUUGAUCGUCUUUGCGCCUACUCCCGACGUGAUGUACCCCCUCAAAGGGGAACUGCAGGAUCUGAGGAACCAUAAAGGCGUGGAAGUUGAUGUGAGGGGUUGGGGGGAGGUUAUGGAAGGUGCUUCGAGGCCCCAAUUCUUCAAAGGUGUAGCAACGGUCUGCACUAAGCUCUUCAAUGCUGUCGAGCCUGAUCAUGCAUACUUCGGACAGAAAGAUAUCCAACAAGCUCUAUUAUUACGAAUACUGGUCAAAGACCUCCUUUUAUCCCAUCCUACAUCGUCCAAUCUGCAUAUCCUGCCAACCACCAGAUCCUCAACGGGUUUGGCCCUCUCAUCACGUAAUGCGUACUUAUCACCCUCAGAGCUAAAAGUCUCGCCGGUAUUGUACGAUGCCCUCAAUGCGGCGAAGGGUUUGUAUGAAUCGAAAGAUACCGCAGAAGGGAAAGAUAUAACGGGUGAAGAUCUGAUAGCUGCAUCAACAAGGGUGGUAUUAGAUGAACAAGAGCGUAUCUUAAGUGAAAACGAAGGUGUAGAAUUACAAUUGGAUUAUAUUGAAUUGUUUGAUAAGGAUACUUUCGAACCGAUCCGUGGACCUAUAGGAGAGAAUCGAGAAUUUGUCAUUGCUGGGGCGAUUUGGGUGGGGAAGACGAGGUUGAUUGAUAAUUUGUUGGUUGGGUGGGAAACCAGUUGA